AUGGAAAGUGGUUCUGAGGAAGAAAUUGACAUCCAGUACACCGACUGGGAAUCUGAGACGGACCCAACGGCUUCGGAGUCCGACGAGGCGUUCAUUGUUUAUGACGACGAACCUAUUGAGAUGGAAGACUACGACUCGAGUUAUGUCCCUACAGAAAGCGAGGAAGUCGCCUCGUUCACUACCGUCUCAGACUAUGGAGAAACAUUCAACGAGAGGGACUUAGGUGAAUACAUCACAGUACUCGAUGAGCGUGAAAUAGAGGGUAAUGACGGUAGGAUGACGGAGCUCCUGUUGAAUUUCUGGGCCGAGGAGCGUGUCGCUGAGGAGAUCCGAGAUCUGCUUCACGUUUCCCGCAAUGGGCCAGUUGGAUGA